AUGUCAGGUGAAGAAAAUAAAUCAGUAACAGUAUUUAGAGAGUUUUUAAAGAUUAGAACUGAUCAUCCAAAACCAGAUUAUGAAGGUUCGACAACCUUUUUAGUACAAAAGGCUAAAGAGUAUGGUUUGGAGUGUGAAGUGUACAGAGAGACUGGUUUGCCAAUCGUCAUUAUGAAGAUUGAAGGUAGUGAUCCAUCAUUGCCAUCGGUUCUUUUAAAUUCUCAUGUCGAUGUUGUACCAGCCGUCAGAGAGUGUUGGAACACAGAACCAUUCGCAGCCAUCAAAGAUGAGAAUGGUAACAUUUUCGCACGUGGAACUCAAGAUAUGAAGUGUGUCUGCAUUCAGUUCCUCGAGGUUGCUGCACGCUUUGUAAAGAGUGGAAAGAAGAUGAAACGUAACCUCUAUCUCACCUUUGUACCCGAUGAAGAGAUUGGUGCCGGUCAAGGUAUGGAACCAUUUGUCGAGACACAAAAAUUCAGAGACAUGAACGUCGGUGUUGCCAUUGACGAAGGUUUGGCAUCUCCCACUGAAGAAUUCACAGUCUUUUACGGUGAACGUGCUCCAUGGUGGGUACAUAUCACCGCCGUCGGUAAUACUGGUCAUGGUAGUCGUUUCAUUGAGAAUACUGCUGUUGAAAAGUUGAUGAGAACUAUAAACAAGAUGUUACAAUUCCGUCAUGACCAAUUUACAGAUUUACAUAAAGGUCAUCAUGAAUGUGGAAAGAAAUUGGGUGAUGUUACUACACUCAAUCUUACAGUACUCAAGGCAGGUGUUGGUGAGGGACCAUUCCCCAACUAUAGCUACAACGUCAUUCCAACAAAGGCUGAAGCCGGUUUUGAUAUUCGUAUCCCACCAACUGUCAAUUUGGAAGACUUUUUAAAACAGAUUCGUGAAUGGACAUCGGAAGAGGGUUUGUCAUUUGAGUUUGCAAACUACACUGCCAAGAAUGAGAUGACUGGCGUCACUGACGACAACACCUGGUGGAAGACAUUCAAGCAAUCGGCCGAAAACAUUGGCAUCAAGCUCGUUCCAGAGAUUUUCCCCGCUGCCACAGACUCUCGUUUCAUCCGUAACCUUGGUAUCCCAGCAUUUGGUUUCUCUCCUAUCAACAACACUCCCAUUCUCCUUCACGAUCACAAUGAAUUCCUCAAUGAAAAGACUUUUAUUCGUGGUCUUGAUAUUUAUGAACAAAUUCUUCCAAACCUUGUUAAUUUGUAA